UAUAAGUCCGGCUUUGACCAGAAACUUCAGUUUGUUAGCUGCUGCAGCAGGUAACAAAGUGACCCGGAGGACUUGACUGCUCCGAUACCCACCGCGACCGGCGAACAAGUGAUUACCAUGGAAGGGAUUAGUAUUUUCACUUCAGAUAACUACACAGAGGAUUUGGGCUCAGGGGACUAUGACUCCAUGAAGGAACCCUGCUUCCGGGAAGAAAAUGCCCAUUUCAACCGGAUCUUCCUGCCCACCAUCUACUCCAUUAUUUUCUUGACUGGCAUAGUGGGCAAUGGAUUGGUAAUCCUGGUCAUGGGUUACCAGAAGAAGCUGAGGAGCAUGACCGACAAGUACAGGCUACACCUGUCCGUGGCUGACCUUCUCUUUGUCAUCACGCUUCCCUUCUGGGCAGUUGAUGCUGUGGCAAACUGGUACUUUGGAGAGUUCCUGUGCAAGGCUGUCCAUGUCAUCUAUACAGUCAACCUCUACAGCAGUGUCCUCAUCCUGGCCUUCAUCAGUCUGGACCGGUACCUGGCCAUAGUCCACGCCACCAACAGUCAGAGGCCAAGGAAGCUAUUGGCUGAAAAGGUGGUCUAUGCUGGUGUCUGGCUCCCCGCUUUCCUGCUGACUAUUCCCGAUGUCAUCUUUGCCAGCGUCAGAGAGGCAGACAGGUAUAUCUGUGACCGUUUCUACCCCAAUGACUUGUGGGUGGUUGUGUUCCAGUUUCAGCACAUUAUGGUUGGGUUCAUCCUGCCUGGAAUAGUUAUCCUGUCCUGCUAUUGCAUUAUCAUCUCCAAGCUGUCACACUCCAAGGGUCACCAGAAGCGCAAGGCUCUCAAGACCACAGUCAUCCUCAUCCUGGCUUUCUUCGCCUGCUGGCUGCCUUACUACAUUGGGAUCAGCAUCGACUCUUUCAUCCUCCUGGAAAUCAUCAAACAAGGAUGUGAGUUUGACAACACUGUGCACAAGUGGAUUUCCAUCACUGAGGCCCUCGCUUUUUUCCACUGUUGCCUGAAUCCCAUCCUCUAUGCUUUCCUUGGAGCCAAAUUUAAAACUUCUGCCCAGCAUGCACUCACUUCUGUGAGCAGAGGGUCCAGCCUCAAGAUCCUCUCCAAAGGAAAACGAGGUGGACAUUCUUCUGUUUCUACAGAAUCUGAGUCUUCAAGUUUUCACUCCAGCUAACACCGAUGUAAAAGACUUUUUUUUUUACACAGUGAAGAACUUUUUUUUACAUUACACAUUUUUCAGAUACAAAAGACUGACCAAUACUGUAUAGUUUUUAUUGAUUUUGUCAUGUGUUUCUUUAAUUUUUGUGAGGUUUAAUUGACUUAUUUAUAUAAAUAUUUUUUUGUUUCAUGUGGAUGUGUGUCUAGGCAGGACCUGUGGCCAAGUUCUUAGUUGCUAUUAUAUGUCUGUUAUAGGACUAUAGAAAAGGGAACUGAACUUUGCAGAGUGUGUAGUGAAUUAUGGGAGGCUAGAAAUGACCCUCAGCUCUUUGUGCAUAAAUAAUCUCUCCAUUCCCGGGAACACCAUUUUUUUUCCUCUUCUAAAGUUGUUUGGCUACACUAUGUGAUUAUGCUGUAGAAGAUGGCACUUACAACCAAAGUCUGGAGUGGUGUAGAAAUGCUGAUUUUUGGUUUUCAAGAGUGGGUUGAUUUUCCUACCUACAAUGUACAGUCUUAUACAGUUGUUAAUAAAAGUACAUGAUAAUCU